CCCCACGCCGGCACCCCGGAGGAAGCAGAAGGCCGGCGCCGCCCCGCGCUGCGCCGCGGCCCCGGAAAGCUUCCGCGGGAGCGAGCCCGCAUCUCUUGAAACCAGCUCUUUUUCUGCUGCCCAAAGCGGAAAACCCGGGCGAGGACUCGAGGGGUGAGGUGGCGGUCGAGGGGAGGGCGCGGCGCGCUCGCUGGAUCCCCUGCGGGCGGCGGUUCCGGCGGACCCUCCCCAGGGGCUGCUGAGCACGGCCGGGGACCCCGAGGGAGCGGACGCGGGGUCGGGAGGCCGCCGCUCGGUUCCACCUCCCCAUCGCCCGACGGCCGGCCGGGCCAUGUCCAGGGGCCCGGGCUCGGCGGUCCUCCCCGCCGCCUCCGGGUUGCGGAAGCCCGCCCCGCGGAGCCUCAGCUGCCUCUCGGACCUGGACGGCUGCGCGGCCCGGGAGUCGCGGCCCUGCAGGCCCCCCGGGAGCCCGGGCAGCGCCCCGCCGCCGCCACCCGCGCCGUCCGGCUGCGACCCCCGUCUGCGGCCCAUCAUCCUGCGCCGGGCGCGCUCGCUGCCCAGCUCGCCCGAGCGCCGCCAGCAGGGCGGGGGCGCGCCGGGCGCUGCAUGCCGGCCGGGCUGCAGCCGGCAGCACCGCGUGCGCUUCGCCGACGCGCUGGGCCUGGAGCUGACGCAGGUCAAGGUGUUCAACGCGGGCGACGACCCGUCCGUGCCGCUGCACGUGCUGUCGCGGCUCGCCAUCAACUCGGACCUGUGCUGCAGCAGCCAGGACCUGGAGUUCACCCUGCAGUGCCUGGUGCCCGACUUCCCGCCGCCCGUCGAGGCUCCUGACUUCGGGGAGCGCCUGCGGCGGCAGCUCGUGUGUCUGGAGCGCGUCACCUGCUCGGACCUGGGCAUCAGCGGUACGGUGCGUGUGCGCAACCUGGCCUUCGAGAAGCAGGUGGCGGUGCGCUACACCUUCUCGGACUGGCGUACUGCGCACGAGGUGGCGGCUCGGUGGCGCGGGCCGGCGGGCGCCGAGGGCACCGAGGACGUCUUCGCCUUCGGCUUCCCGGUGCCGCCUUUCCUGCUGGCGCUCGGCUCCCGCGUGCACUUCGCGCUGCGCUACCGCGUGACCGGUGCCGAGCACUGGGACAACAACGAUGGCCGCGACUACAGCCUCACGUGCCGCAACCACGCGCUGCACAUGCCGCGCGGGGAGUGCGAGGAGAGCUGGAUCCACUUCAUCUGAGCCUCCGCGCGCAGGCCGCACCCGCCGGCACGUCCUGGCUGAGCUCUCGCAUCUGGGCGGUCGCCCGUCCUCACCUCCCAUCCCCUAACCAAAGUCGUCUGACCUCGCUUCCCGCUGCAAGAAGUCAAGGUCAUUGUCCCUGCAGAGUGCCACAACAACUUAAAACUCUCAGUGAGGGGCUGAUGAUUUCUUUUGGUGCUGAGUGGCGGUCUGACAGGAGGUGCUAGCACUGAGGUGUGAAAACCCAAGCUAAGAUGGACAUGGUCUCCAACUUUGGAAGCUGGUUUCUGAGACAGCUGAAACCAGUGUGAUCAAUUUUGUGAUAGCUGUCACCAAUGAAUUAACUCUAAAUUUUUGAACAUUUGUUGCCGUUUGUCAAAUAAGUAUGUAAAGGAUGUGUUUUGCCUUUUAACCAAUUUCUUCUUUAUAAUUGCAACUUCAGUGCUUUUAAAAUUCCAGCAACAGGGUUGGUGUUCUUUGGUACCUUCUGAUCUAAGAAUAUAGAACUUUGAUUUAAAAUAUUGUGAUUAAAUCGAACAACCGUUGGCUAUUAGCACUGUGUACUCCAUUGACAUGCAAGAGGGAGAGAAGCCUGGUUGCAUUUCCUGCUAUUUGACAAACUGUCCAGUUAGGUCAGCAAGGCUGUGAGGGCCUCGGCUGCUGUGCCCUGGGUCCCGGCCCAGUGUGCAAGGCAGUUGUCCAGAGCAUUCAGGUAUGAGCUGGAGCUGGCAAUUGUACUGCUAUGUAAAGGCAUGUAGAGAAUCUCAUGAUCCAUGUGAAGGUCACUUGCUGAAAAGGUUCUGGUCACAGAAUAUGAAGUAAAUGUUAUAUCUUCAGUAUUAAGAGAACCUCCACAUGCCUUUGAAAAAAAGAUCAGUGUUUAAAAAUUUUAAAGUUUAAAUUACCUGUCUAGUUAAUAAAAAACCCUUGGGACAGCAUAAGGAGAUUUUCAGGCCCGAAAACAGUUACGUGGCCUAGAUGUUCAAAUUUUGCUGUGGAUCGUGCAAUUGUGGGGUUGUCUCUCUAAACGUAUUUUAAUACCUGCCAUUUAAGAUGACUUCACCUAAGCCUAAAUAUUAAAGUAUAUGU